AUGCAGCCCGUCCCCGCAGAUUAUCCCAUAGAAAGGCUUUUUAUCGUUGCCUGUCUCUUGCACUGGGGACUCUUCGGGACUCUUUCUGUGCAGCUGUAUUUGUAUUAUCUGGCAUUUCCGAAAGACAGAAAAUUUAUAAAAUAUCUCGUCUAUGGCAUCUACAUUGCCGAGUUCGUUCAGACGAUGCUCGUCACCCGCGACGCCUUUGCAGAGUUCGGGUACGGCUUCGGUGACAUUAAUGCCCUGACUGGAAUGUAUUUUAAUUGGCUAACUGUCCCCAUCAUGAGCGCUGCUGUUGCUUGUGUCGGGCAGGUCUUCUAUGCAUAUCGAAUUUUCAUAUUGUCGAAGUCACGAACUGUCCCCAUAUUCGUCAUCUGUGUGUCCUUGACCAGUUCUGUAGCAGCUAUAAUCACGGGCGUCUACUGUUUCCAAGCAGGCAACAUCACUGAACCCAAUAACCGGAGGAUGUCCAUCGCUGUCGGAAUUUGGUGCGGAGCCUCCGCUCUGUGUGAUAUCGUCAUCGCCAUCUGUAUGACUUACUAUCUUAUACGCAGCAGUACUAGUUUUCCCCAGACCCGAAUUCUGAUCACAAAACUAAUUCGUCUUACCAUUGAAACGGGAUCUGUGACGGCUGUUGUUGCUCUGGUCAACCUUAUCCUCUUUUUUGCCUUCCCUCAUCAGGCUUUCUAUGGGACACCAGCCCUUAUCAUGCCCAAGUUGUAUGCUAAUACCGUCUAUAUGAUGCUGAAUUCACGAAUCCGAAUUAUGGGUGGACGUGAUACCUAUACGUCUUCUACCGAUAUGAGCAUUACGUCAACUAUGAUGGAGGAUAUCACCUUCAUUUCGACACAGGGCACACUGCGAACGGACGAGGUGCAAAGACGACUGUAG